AAAAAAAAAAACUUCAUUUUAUAACAGUUGAUUGAAAUGUUGAAAAACAUCAUCAUUUUCGAGGCCUUGAUUUGCCUGAGUUUUGGCUGCCUUAUUACGAAUUGUCCACGCGGUGGGAAGCGAAGUGACAAUUCCCUAUCCCUCGAGAACGUCGUAAGAGACUGUCCAGCUUGUGGACCAGGUCAUCAGGGUCAAUGCUUCGGUCCCAAUAUUUGUUGCGGUCCAAAUAUCGGUUGCUUCAUCAGUACUCCCGAAAGUCAUAAAUGUAGAAAAGAGAGCCUCUACUCACGACCUUGCGUCGCUGGGUUCGCAAUGUGCAAGGGAAAUACUGGACGAUGCGCUGCUAACGGGAUUUGUUGCACGCAAGAAAUCUGUUACGUGGAUGCUGCAUGUCGGAUUGGCGACGAAAUUUUCAUCGAUCGAAAAAUUGGCGACGUGGGCCGAUCUAUGAUAGACAAUUAUCAAUAAAUAAACGUAAUUAAUGGAGCGAUAAGAUGAUCAAGAUUCAGCUUUCUGUGCCAUUAUUAUAUGUGCGAUGAGAUAAGACUACCUUUGCGAUAUUUAAUAAUUGUAAAACGAAAAGCGUACUAAUAAAGUUGAAGAAUUUGAAAAA